AUGUCUGCUACUCUUUCUUCUCCACCGCCCGCACAGCCUCUCCAGCAAGGCGCCGUCCUGGCACCGUUACCACGCAUAACGAUCCAAUUUUGCACUCAGUGUAAAUGGAUGUUGCGAGCUGCAUACUACGCUCAAGAACUCCUCUCCACAUUCUCCCUCUCCCUCGGCGAAGUCGCCCUCCAGCCCUCCACCGGCGGAACCUUCAUCGUCACAAUCUACCACCCUUCCACUUCUCUUUCAGAAUCUUCUCUAAAUCCGCCAUCUAUUCAAUCCACCGUCCUCUGGAACCGCAAAAUAGACGAAGGAUUUCCCGAGACAAAGGAGCUCAAGCGCCGCGUCAGAGACGUCAUUGAGCCAGGGAGGGAUCUGGGCCACGUUGAUCGGGACCAUCGUCGGCCUGCUGCUACUGCCGCUGCUGCUGUUACUGCUGUCACUGCGGAGACUAACAAGGUAGUACUUGAAGGAGAAGCAAAGAUAGAAGAAGUUUUGAAGAAGAAGCAAGAUUCCGCAGCUUCUGGAGCUGGCGUUGUAUGCGAAGACUGUAACUAA